AUGGGUAUAAUAGACAACACACGGCUAAACCUAACCGAGACAAGUGGAUCAAGCAGGUGGCAUUCAAGGUUAGGACACAUUAACCUUGAUGCGUUGAAGUUAAUGAUGCAGAAGAAGCUGGUUUUCGGAAUCCCUAGUAUGACUUUAGAGAAGAAACUCUGUGGAUCAUGUCUACUAGGAAAACAGAGCAGACAAGCAUUCCCGCAAGCAACGACAUUCAGAGCAAGCAAGAACUUGGAACUUGUCCAUGGAGACUUGUGUGGACCAAUAACUCCAAGUACUCUUGCUGGGAAUAGGUACAUAUUUGUGCUUAUUGAUGAUCACUCUAGAUACAUGUGGACAGCCUUGUUGAAAGAAAAAAGCGAUGCUUUCAACAAGUUCAAGAGGUUUAAGAGCUUAGUGGAGCAAGAGUCAGGAGCAAGCAUACAAACUUUCAGAACAGAUAGAGGAGGAGAGUUUAUGUCAAAGAGUUCUGUUCGUUUUGUGAUGCUAAUGGGAUUAAACGACAUCUCACGGCUCCAUAUACCCCACAGCAGAACGGUGUGUUGA